AUGUCCACUCAACUCACCAAUACCAUUGUAUCCAAUGCACAAACCACGAAUACCGAUCAAACUACAAUAGAAGCAUCUGCUAUAGCAUCUGAAGUGGAAUCUUCUAUUCCUUCGGCGACUCCUUCUGACACCCCUCAACCAUCAGCCUCCGCUACACCUUCACCUUCAGCAUCUCCGUCCGCUCAACCUUCAGCCGAACCUUCAAGUGCAGAACCCUCUGUUUCUGCUCAGCCCUCCUCAGCACAACAAAGCCCAUCUGCUACGCCAAGUCCGUCGGAAUCAGCCUCUGCAAGCGCUAGUCCAAGUGAGAGCGCAAGUGCAAGUGCAAGUCCUUCAGAUACACCAAGUGCUUCUGCAAGUCAACCUGCUAGUGUUACUCAGAGCGCUUCAGAUUCAGCUUCUGCAUCCACAUCUGAAGCACAAAGCUCAGCGGAACAAUCUGCUACAUCGUCUGCUCAAGCUUCAUCCGCAGCAUCAGCGCUCGAAUCUACGCUCACUUCAGCUCAACAUGUAACGACGACUGACGCAUCUGGUCAUACUGUAACGACGGCACCUGAACUUAUCACUCAGACUGCUACAUCGACUGAUGCGGCAGGAAAAGUCUAUACUAUAACUCAAGUGGUCCACAAUCCUUCAAGCGGAGCAGGAUCGUCCUCUUCUUCAUCUAGUGGUAGUUCUGGAUUCUUCAAUAAUUCAGGUGCCGUGGCUGGAACCUUUGUCGCUGUUGGAUUGGCAGUGACUGCUGGUGUAAUAGCAUUCGCUAUAUUCAUGUUGAAAAGAAGAAGACGCCAAAGACUUGAUAGGGACGUCGCGGCUGCCGCAGCAGCAGCAGCAGUUGCAGCUCAUCAUUCAUCAAGAUCUGCAUUUGAUGAUGAUGAAGAACAACCUUCAAUGACUCAGUAUGGUGGGUAUUACGCAGCUACAACACCCGGUAUGGAUAUAAAUGGACAACCUCAACAUGAUCCUAAUGGCGGAUAUCAUGAUUAUGAAGAUCCAGCAGGUGGAUAUGACCCAUAUGCCAUUAACAUGGCGAAUCUGAAUCCAGCAGAUAGGAUGUCAACUGCUACUGCGCCUGGAAUGGCUGGAUUCGGUGCCGCCGCUGCUACUGCUGCUCAACAUAAUGAUUAUGAAGAUCAACCUCAACAUCAAGAUCCUUAUAACCGUCAACAACAUGGUCAAGGAGUAUCUGAUUAUUCAAUACCUCAUGAUCAACAACAACAACAUCAUGAAGGAGGAGGUAACAAUGGAUAUUAUUUCGAUCCUAAACAAGCAUACGAGUUUGACGAACAAGAUGAAGACCAAGAUCCUUAUGGUGGUUAUGAUCAUCAACAAUAUUCACAUUCAGGUGUAAGACCGCCAAGACCUGAAAGUGCAGGAAGCGUGACUAGGCCAGGUGGUGAAGAAAGAGGGUUAAGAGUUGCAAACGUAUAG